UGGGCUGAACCAUGAUCCUGCGUUGUGUGCGUGUACCAACGCUCUGUGAAGCAGGAUAUGGUGAAGGGAUUACUGGGCUACGUUGGAAAAUAAAGUAGUCGAAGGACGCCAUGCAGUGUUCGGGACUGGUACACUAAAUUCAAAGAAUUACGGAUGUCGAAUACGCAAACGGAGUGGAAAUGAGAAGAGCGGCGGCUGCAAAAAGUGGAGCUAAAGGAACGGAGUCUGAAAAGACAACUUCCACAGGACCAACGACGGCCUGGGAAAAUGGACCAGCUUUGCCGUCAACACCAAGCCCUCCAGCUAGUCCAACGCUUUUAAAUGCCCCAGUGGAUCUGAAAGAUGAACCACAGUCUUCACUCACUGAUGCUACUCAGAUAUGGAUUAAUUUGGCCAAGACAUUUAUCGCGAUUUUUCCCAUUUACGUGUUGGGAUAUUUUGAGUUCAGCUUCAGUUGGGUUCUAAUAGGGCUUGUCAUUUUUUUCUGGUGGAGAAGAAAUCAAGGCCAUAAAGACAACAGAUUCACCCGUGCCCUGGCCUUUUUGAAGCAUGAAGACAAACCUGUCAAACAAAAGUUGUCGACUUCUGAGUUGCCUCCAUGGGUUAAUUUCCCAGACGUGGAAAGGGUGGAAUGGCUCAACAAGACGGUGAAACAGAUGUGGCCGUACAUCUGUCAGUUCAUCGACAAGCUCUUCCGAGAGACAAUCGAGCCGGCCGUGAAGGGGGCUAACGCUCACCUCAGCACCUUCUGCUUCACCAAGAUCGACAUGGGGGACAGGCCACUCAGGGUGAACGGUGUCAAAGUGUACACAGAGAAUGUGGACAAACGCCAGAUUCUGAUGGACCUGGAGAUUAGCUUUGUUGGGAAUACAGAGAUUGACGUCGACAUCAGGAAGUACUACUGCAGAGCUGGUAUCAAAAGUAUACAGCUUCAUGGUGUCUUGAGGGUCGUCAUGGAGCCCCUCUUCGGAGACAUGCCAUUGAUUGGAGCCCUGUCCGUCUUCUUCCUGAAGAAGCCUCUGCUGGACAUAAACUGGACGGGCCUUACGAAUAUGCUGGACAUUCCAGGCUUGAACGGCCUGUGUGAUAACCUGAUCCAGGACAUCAUCUACAACAACCUGGUCCUGCCCAAUCGCAUCACCAUUCCUCUGGUGGGAGAGGCCCAGCUGUCUCAGCUACGCUUCCCAAUGCCUAAGGGCAUCCUGAGGAUUCACUUCAUGGAGGCUCAGGAUGUUGUUGCUAAGGACACAUACAUGGGGGGGCUGAUCAAAGGCAAGUCCGACCCAUACGGCGUCAUUCGGAUUGGCAACCAGCUCUUCCAUAGCAAGGUUAUUAAGGAUAACCUCAAUCCCAAGUGGAACGAAGUCUACGAGGCUAUAAUUUAUGAACAUUCCGGACCACAGAAUGUGGAGAUUGAGCUGUUUGAUGAAGACACGGACAAUGACGAUUUCCUAGGAAGCACAGUGAUAGACAUAGUUGAUAUUCAGAAGGAACAGAAGAUGGACCAGUGGUUCAUCCUGGAGGAGGUGGCCAAUGGAAAGCUGCACUUAAAACUGGAGUGGUUGUCUCUGCUCCCCUCCCCUGAAAAGCUGGGUCAGGUGCUGACCAGCAUCAAGGCUGAUAAAGGCCAGGCCAAUGACGGCCUGUCAUCCGCCAUCUUGGUGGUCUUUCUGGAUUCAGCUAGGAACCUCCCAAGUGUGUUCGAGGGGAACUUGGGUUGUGGCAACUUAAAAGAGCGGAGAGCUUCGGGCCUAGUCUUUUGUGAGAAUACUGCCUCUCUCUAUAGGACCUUAUUUCGCAAUCCAUUAGAGUUCAACCAUGACGGUUUGACGAAGGCCUCAGUCAAUAAGGCCCUGCAGUCUGGUAAGAAAGUUAGCAGUGACCCAAAUCCCUUUGUCCAAUUCAGACUCGGGCAUAAGACAUAUGACAGCAAGACCAGGUAUAAAACCAAUGAACCUGUGUGGGAAGAGGCUUUCACCUUCCUCAUCCACAAUCCGAAAAACCAAGAACUGGAGAUUGAGGUCAAGGAUGAGAAACACGAGUGUUCCCUGGGGACUCUGAGCAUGCCGUUGGAGAGUCUCCUGGAGGCGGAGGAAAUGACGCUGCACCAGCGCUUCCCUCUCAAGAACUCCGCGCCCACCUGCACCAUCAAGAUGAAAAUGGCGCUGAGGAUUUUGUGUAUGGAGAAUUUGGCAGCGUCCAACCAGGUGUCCGCAUUGCCAGUUAAUAAUAACGCCAGCCCUAAUAACCCCGCCCCCCCGAAGAAACCAUCAGCCUCUGAACCCCCGAAACCCAACAAUGUCCCUGUGUCAGACCCUCCCCGUUCCAUGGCUGCCUCCACCCAGGACCUCCAGAGAAGAGGGGGUGGGGAUGAGCUCCUGUCAGGGGGCCAGGGGGGCGUGGGGCUGGCCGAGGCCGGUAGGAGCACCUCCAACCUGGCCAUCUCUGGCUCUCAGAAACAUCUGGCCCACCGGGGGUCGAGCCACAGCAUCGCCUCGGACAUCUCCAACCCCUGCGCCACACAGGAGCUCCAGCAGAAGCUGAGAGAGCUGCAGAAUGGCUCAGCCAGUAAUUUCCCUCUGGGUGAGAUACAGUUGACCAUAAGACACAGCUCCCAAAGGAACAAGCUCAUCGUGGUGGUGCACAGCUGUCGAAACCUGAUCGCGUUUACGGAUCACUUGUCGGACCCCUACGUCCGGCUGUACCUUCUACCCGACAAGCGACGGUCCGGGAGGAGGAAAAGCCACACCUUGAAGAAGACGCUGAACCCUGUCUACGACCAGACAUUUGAGUUCAGUGUGUCCAUCGUGGAGCUUCACAGGAGGACACUAGACGUGGCGGUCAAGAACGGAGGGAAUGUCUUCUCCAAACACAAAGGCCUGCUGGGAAAGGUGUUUGUGGACCUGACUUAUGACGACAUUGCCAAGGGAUGGACGCAGUGGUAUGAGUUGAGCGACGAUGGCUCGAAGAAACCUCCCCAGCAGUCCGAAAGUACACCAUGAAAGAGGGACCCGACGGAACCGUCCCCUGGAACCGUCCCCAGCGUGUCCCUGGCCCCCGCGCCCUCUUGCAUCUAGCCACUCAGACCAGUGAUGAUUUUAGGAUCAGUUUGGCCUUUUAUAUCCCAACGUGUAAAGUUCCAAACAUAGACCAGAGACGCGGCAGUCUGACGCCCACCCCCCCCCCCUCCCUUUGUGACGUGGCUACGCGGCUCAGGGUGAAACUGCAAGGGAACGCAAAACCCAAACGCUCACCGUCCCAUAUUUAAUACCAACACGACUUUGGUACACAUCCCCUAUGCGUCGGAAGUUGUUAACAGCUUCAGCUGCCCUGAGAAUUUGAAAAAAGUAUAAAAGCCUACGGUCCAAUAUUGUAGAACAACAGUUUCUGCACGCGUGCGUUUUGGACUAUGAUAAGACCUUCAAAUUAUAUGGAUAUGGUGUCCUGGUCUCGUGUCACUUCUCUGAGACUCUUGGCACAAACUGAUGAGUUAAAUCAUAACCGCAAUUAUGAUUUUUACACAGUUACUUUUAUGCCCAUGGGUAAAUCUUCAUUUGCUUUUCCCUUUUUUUAAUGACAAAUGCUGUUGCUUUUAUUGUUAUUAUUUACAUGCAACUUGCAAUUGUGAAAAAUGUUUUGAUAUUCCUUUAUACACAUCAUUUGCAAUUUUUGCUCUCGUCAAUUAGAAAUGAUCCAGUGCAAAAGAUACAAGCAAAUACAUGUUGUGAAUGAAAAAUAAUUCCAUAUUUUAGAAAGGACACAAAUGAGGACUGUAACAGAAUAUCUGUUGAAACAGAUUUAGCUGUGCUGUUUUUAUGUGGGGUAUGUACAACAUAUUAAUGUGUAGACAUGUACGAUGGCCCCAAAGGCUAAAGACAGGAGACUUCAUGUUAGUAGAGGUGGGGAUAUCGCUGUGGGAACUUGACAACUUUAUUUUAUUGUUCAAAGAAAUACAUAAAAAGGUCUCAAAAGUUACUAUUUCAAAACCUGCUUGACCAUCUCCCUAAGUGAAACUGGCAAGAACAUUAAUUAGCAACCAAAGAAACUGGUAUUUCAUAUGGCUGCAUAUGUGGAGUUUUAACUAAGCCAAAUAUGUACGCAUGUUUGCGCACUAUUUCUCUGUUUUAAGUACUUUAAGGAAUCCUCAUAGUAACAGUAACAAUAAUGUAACUCGCUUUUGGUGACCUCACAUUGAUAUUCCAGCAUUCCUCCAAUAAUUGUGGCUUGUCGUAAUCAUUUCCCAACUCUGUAAUGGGAACAGAUUGUUUUUGGUUUCCUGGUUGUCAAUGUCAAGUCUUAAUUAUGUUUUAGUUUUUUUUACUGCAAACACAUUUCAGCAUGCUGUUCAGCGCUUCGUUUUACUGUAGUCGCUCCAAAAAAGAAGAAACAUGUUUUAGUUAAAAGGAAUCACCCAUGUUGGUUAAUAAUUGUGUCACCUGCAUAUCUGCUACAUCGGUGGACAGUCACAGUUUAUUCAUCCGCCAGUUACCACAAUAUUGCGUCUUAUAAUGGAAAGCAUAUUAGAUUGUACCUCAUGAAACGACCAUAUCGGCUUGUAGAGUAAUGUAUCUAUACGUAUGUGUGAUCUCAAACCUCUGUCACUGACUCUGUCCUUGGUUGAACUAUUCGUAUGCGUGCCUAUGUAGGCUACCGAAUGGAAACAGUCUCUGGAGUUUCUAGUUUCUCCGCCCCCCCUAAAACUCUUCAUUGUACUUUAUUUAUCUGGUGCCUUAAAUCCACAAAUAGUGCGAUAUUAAAUGUAUGAAGAAGCUUCUACAGUCUCCAUGUUUGAGAAUGUCUCCCUGAGUCUUUUCAAUAAUAAAGAGCUUUUGCUGUAUGCACAGUA